AACGCCGUCCGUAUCAUGGCCGCGGGAGCCGGGACGGCGGGCUCCUCUUCCGGCCCGGGCGUCGUGCGUGACCCGGCGGCGUCACAGUCGAAGAAGCGUCCCGGCAGGGAGGGCGCGCAGCGAUCGGACGCGAUGGCGGGAGGAGGCGGGAGCAGCGACAGCAGCGGGAGGGCUGCAGGCAGGCGGGCGUCCCGCAGCGGCGGGCGGGCUCGGCGGGGGCGCCACGCACCGGGGCUGGGGGGCUCCGCGGAGCGGGGCGCGGGGGAGGCGCGGCUGGAGGAGGCAGUCAACCGCUGGGUGCUCAAGUUCUACUUCCACGAGGCGCUGCGGGCCUUUCGGGGUAGCCGGUACGGGGACUUCAGGCAGAUCCGGGACAUCAUGCAGGCUUUGCUUGUCAGGCCCCUGGGGAAGGAGCAUACCGUGUCUCGGCUGCUGCGGGUUAUGCAGUGUCUGUCGCGCAUUGAAGAAGGGGAAAAUUUAGACUGUUCCUUUGAUAUGGAGGCUGAGCUCACACCACUGGAAUCAGCUAUCAAUGUGCUGGAGAUGAUUAAAACGGAAUUUACACUGACAGAGGCAGUGGUCGAAUCCAGUAGAAAACUGGUCAAGGAGGCUGCAGUCAUUAUUUGUAUCAAAAACAAAGAAUUUGAAAAGGCUUCAAAAAUUUUGAAAAAACAUAUGUCCAAGGACCCCACAACUCAGAAGCUGAGAAAUGAUCUCCUGAACAUUAUCCGUGAAAAGAACUUGGCCCACCCUGUUAUCCAGAACUUUUCCUACGAAACCUUCCAGCAGAAGAUGCUGCGCUUCCUGGAGAGUCACCUGGAUGAUGCAGAGCCCUACCUCCUCACGAUGGCCAGAAAGGCUUUGAAAUCUGAGUCUUCCACCUCAGCCACAGUGAAGGAAGAUAAACAGCCAGCACCAGAGCCUGUGGAAAAGCCACUCAGAGAACCUGCCAGGCAGCUACAGAACACUCCAACCACCAUUGGAAUUAUGGCUCUGAAAGCAGCUUUCAAGACUCUCUCCAGUGCACAAGAUUCUGAGGCAGCCUUCUCAAAACUGGACCAGAAAGAUAUGGUAUUUCCUAAUAAAGUGUGCCCACCAUCACCAGCCCUCAAAAACAAGAGACCGAGAAAAGAUGAAAACGAAAGUUCAGCCCCUGCUGAGGGUGAGGGUGGCUCUGAACUGCAGCCCAAGAACAAGCGCAUGACAAUAAGCAGAUUGGUUUUGGAGGAGGACAGCCAGAGCACUGAGCCGAGCACAGGCCUCGACUCCUCCCAGGAAGUGAUUCCUGCUUCACCAUCCAAGCCCACCAUCCUCAACCAACCCCUCCCUGGGGAGAAGAAUCCCAAAGUACCCAAAGGCAAGUGGAACAACUCUAAUGGGGUUGAAGAAAAAGAGACUUGGGUAGAAGAGGACGAACUGUUUCAAGUUCAGGCAGCACCAGAUGAAGAGAGUACAACCAGUAUAACAAGAAAGCAGAAGUGGACUGUGGAGGAAAGCGAGUGGGUCAAGGCUGGAGUGCAGAAGUACGGGGAAGGAAACUGGGCCGCCAUUUCUAAAAACUACCCAUUUGUUAACCGAACAGCUGUGAUGAUUAAGGAUCGCUGGCGGACCAUGAAAAGACUUGGCAUGAACUGAAACAGGCCUUCAUUUCCACAGAAUUAACAGGAGCAUGGUUCCUAAUAAUAGUCCCUGGUAGUCUGCUGUUUCUUUCAGAAGCUGGGCUGGGAUGAGAAUUUGGGGCAUCUUCCUCCCAUGUGGGGGAGGUCCCAGUUCCACUUCAUCACAGUUGGAGAUCAUGGAGCUGAGAAACAAAGCCAAGUCCACCCCAUGUCCUUGACAGAGAUGACAGGCACAUAGCUUGUACAGUGCCAGAAUACCAUUAGUAUUUCCCUUCUUUAGUGGUUUGCUUGAAUUUAAAUCCCUGGUAAUCAGUAGAACCUUCUCCUAGGAAAUGGUGGAGUAUGUUAGGAGUCACUUUUGACUCCAAGACCUGUUAAAACCAGCAACAUGAGCAUUAUUUGGAGCGAACUUGUUCCAGGUAAAGCUUUGGCCUUCUGAUGCACAUGCAAAGGAACUUCAUCUGUCAUGAGCCCAGGUUGAUGAGAGACCAGUCCUGGUGGAAUCAGUCCCUUUAAAAACUGUUUAGCCAGUUGUGACAUCAACUUCUAGACGUGACUGCCUUGGCAUUUGCUCUAUUUGCUGGGCUAUGUAGGCAGGUUUAACCUCCACUUCUCACGUGGUUGAACCAGUGUGUUUUUUGGUAAAAUGGUGAUUGUAGAUAAGCUUAGUCCCUCUCCCCAUCCUCUCUUCCCAAUUCCCUUCUUUAUGCUGGACUUUUAAAGCUUAAAAAAAUCCUGAUUGAGUAUAAAUGCCUAAUUCCAUUCUUUGUGAAAUGGUUGCUUCCGCCUGAUUCCCUAAUUGUGCUGUGUUAGUGUCUUGCACUGGAAUUCAACAUUCCCUUCUCCUUUUGUACUGUGUUGUGCUUGCUGUCUCUCAGACAUCCUUAAAGACUAUCUUUUUAGGAAAAAAGAAUUUCAGUAAAGUGUUUUCUGUAAUUUUUUUAAAAUGAGAACUAAUUAUUGUCCAUAACUUGUAGCAUUCUUCAUUAAAGUCUUGCUUCUCUC